UUUUUAAAAUUCUUUUUGGUAAUUUCCAAAAGUACUUUCUGCAUUAUUUGGAAUAUGCGGCAAGCAAAAAUAUGAUAGUAUGUCGAAAGGACUUUUUACUUAACUGCAAGUCAAAAAUGAAAAUCAUACAUCGUGGAGAACCAGCUGGAAAUUUAAUAAACGAGAACUGAUUCGAAAUAAAUCAUAGUUUAGAAAAAACUUUUAACAAUAAUAAAAUUAGAGCAGAUUUUACAUAAAUAAUUGAGUUGGAUAUUGGGCACUAAUUUAUGAGAAUCUAGAUAUCUGGUGAUUAAUUCAAGCAGUCAUUGUCAUUGCUGAAUAUUUCACCUGCUGGGGUCCUCAAUUAGCAAGCUUCGCCAUGCUUCUAUUAGUUUACCUAGCCGCCCUCAAUUUAGCACUCGCUGCGCUGCCUUCUAUGAGAGACAGUUUGACAAAUCCUGUCCACGUCUACGAAGGAGAAGACGCCCUUAUUACUUGCGUUGUAAGAAAUGUGGGUUCGAAUACAGUUAUGUGGAAAAAGGAAGAUAGAGAAAGACAUAGUACGAGAGUGUUGACAGCCGGUGAAAAUAGGGUUACUGCCGAUAAGAGAUUCGGGGUUUUGCAUGAUGCAGAUCCUCCUUCUAGUACAAGAGACGGGAGUGAUGUACAAUCUGGAGGUGACGUAUGGGUGCUGGUUAUUGAAAAUUCGAAGCCAAUUGAUUCGGGGGUAUACGUUUGUGAAGUAAAUAGUAGUCCAAUUGUGAGGAGUUUCCAUAAACUGAGCGUUUUAUCUAAAUCAAUGCUACCGCCAAAUUAUACUACAACCGAUUCAUCUAGUUCUUCGGAGGAUCAGAAACAAAUAAGUAGUAGAAAUCACAAUUACACCGAUUGUUGUGUUGCUAAAAAUGUAUCUACCGUGUGCUUAGGAUUCUGUAAUAUCCAAAGUAUUUUGGAAGAUUAUUUCGCAGGAACGACAGGACAAGACCCCGAACAAUGCGAAUCGGAUUUUCCUUCGAUAGUUAGUUGUAUGGCCGAUGGAAGGAAUCACGUACCUUGUUGUAUUCAAGAAAGAGUUCCGGAUAUAUGUCAGGACGUGUGUAGAGGAGAAUACACGGCAAUUACCGAUAACAUCAAGACGCACUUUUCCUGUUCUUCUUACACUGAACAAACUUUAGCUUGCAUCGUCGAAGGAAUAGAGUUAUUACCGAGCCCGCCACAAGACGUGGAAGUAGAAGCUUUGACAGAAAGAUCUUUGCGAGUGUCUUGGUCUGAACCAAUCGCCAAUACGGAAACGAUAACCGAAUUCGCAGUAAACGUAACAUCUUUAAAAAGCUUCGAUUUAAGAAAUAUAGAUGAAGAAAAAAAUAAUAAUCCCGUCUAUACACAAAGUGUUUUAGUAAAAGUACCCGGUACACAACGUAGUACGAUAUUACAAGAUUUAAUACAUUUCACAUUGUAUGAAAUAACUGUAACUGCCAUUAAUCGACACGGUUCAAGUUUACCAAGUUACAGUAUCCGAACGUUAACUUUAACACCAGGAAGUACGAAACAACCCAUAGCUUCUCAACCACCGCAACUACCCGAUAUAAAAAGCUGUUGCGUCAAUAAAGGCAUCGUCCAUAAUACCUGUAUGACUAAAUUGUGCGAUCCCGUUAUGGCUUCCUCGGUCGAAAUAACCGAUCUAAUGAUAUGCGCCCCGUGGGCGGCGGAUACAUUCGGAUGUUUAUCCAACGGUAUGGAUCAUACCCCUUGUUGCAGAGCGAGAGGAUUACCGGAUAUUUGUCAACAGUUGUGUACAGGAAACGUAUCUAUUAUAGAUUUCAAUUAUUUCAAAUGUCUCCGUUAUAUGAGCGAAUAUACUAAUUGUCUCCUUCAAGGAUACGGUGUCCUUCCCAGCUCCCCGACACAUUUCCGGGUAACGAACAUUGAAACGGAAUUCGCUAUCCUGCAUUGGUCGCUUCCUAAAACUCUCGGAGAUACUGUUCAGUAUUAUAACGUCUUCGUACGUAAAAUAGACGAUGAAACUAACGACUACAAAAUUAUAAGGAAAGUACAUAGUCCUUAUAUACUGGAAAAUUUGGAAAGCGAAACCGAUUACGAAGUUUACGUUGUAGCUGUUAAUUCGCAUGGAGUUGGUAUGCCUAGCGGGAUGUUGACUUUUAGAACUGGAAGCAAGUUAAUCGAAGAAAAGAUCGAAGAAUCGUUGACCUACAAUGUAACGGCGUGUUGUGUAGAAGCUCAAAUUAAUUCUGUAUGUCUUCCUCUAUGCUCAUACGACGCAAACAUGACGGAUAUCAAAGCGCUAGCAGGCGUUUGCAAAGGAGAAUUCCAGAAAAUAAUAAAAUGCGCCGCUGGUGGUAGAAAUCACGCUACGUGUUGUCAUAGACGUGGAGUUCCGUCUGGAUGUUUACCAGUUUGUAACGGAGUUCUAUUAAAUUCCUUCGCUUCGGCUACAACAAGCUGUGUACCUUACAUAGGUAACAUUGUUCAAUGUUUCGAAGAAGGUGCCGGGAAACUACCGGGUCCGAUAUCGGGACUUCACGGUGUUGUUGUCGAUGAACAUACUCUUCUACUAGAAUGGAAUGCUCCGGAUAAUUCGACAAAUGUAACGGAUUAUAUAGUUUAUUAUCAGAAAGUUGAUAAUACCUCUAUGUAUGAGACUCUUUCUAAAUUGGAUAAGAGCUUAAAUACGUCUCUAACUACUGCAACUUUGACUGGUUUAGAAGAGAAUCAAAUGUACCAUGUAUUCGUGGUAUCCAAAAAUGAAGAAGGCACUUCGUUACCAUCUUCAAUUAUUGUUAUAAAGAUGACUAAAACUGGUGAUUCGAAAUGGGUGAACGGAGUUACGUCUCCGCCUCAUUCGUUAGCAGUUGCUAGUCACAGCGCCACGUGGGUUACGAUCACUUGGCAACCACCAGAAUUCAGUCAUCCUUCUGAUUUGAUCACAUAUAGAGUUUUCCAUAAAUCGACAACUGAAGAAAGUUUCCACAUUAAAAAUGUAUCAGUUACAUCGUAUAUGAUCAAUAGCUUGAAUCCGAACACUCAGUAUAUCGUUUAUAUUCAAGCAGUAUCCGAUAAAGGAGUUAGCAUGCCCUCGGAGACUCUGAUAGCUUGGACUGAUCCCGCUUAUCCGGCUUUUGUUGAACCUCCCACGGUACAUCCUAUAAAUCUAGUGAUAGAAGGUAGUAGCAUGACGAUACUUUGCAUAGCUAUGGGUACUCCGAUGCCUACGAUUUCCUUGUAUAUUUCCGGAAGACUGGUGAGACAGGAAACUACACGUCAUAUGGUAACAGUCAUACAUAACGUCACUAAAGACAUGGACCAAAUAUCUUGUUACGCGGAUAACGGUUACGGUACUCCUAUGCAGGCGUCAAGAAAAAUCAUAAUAAGUCACGGUCCUCAUAUUCAAGCUAGCGGUAUAACUAUGACUACUUUAGGGGAUUCUGUAACGCUGGAAUGUAAAGUGGAAGCCCAACCGGAACCAAAGAUGAUUUUUUGGAGGAACCACGAGGACCGCACCCCAGUUAUCCAAGGUGGUAAAUACGAUAUAUCUACCAAACAAAUUAGAGACGAAGACGAUAAAUAUUUAAUGCAACUCACCAUAAAACAAAUCACUGAUUCUGAUGUCGGUGAUUAUUACUGUCACGCCGAAAACGCUUUCGGUAGUUCGACUCAACCGGUAUCAGUACGAAUAAGAAAUUUAGCUUCGAUCAAUAACUUAACGCAAUGUUGUAUCGAACAAAACGUCACUAGUACUUGCAUGGACGCUUGUUCGUUUUAUUUAGAUAUAGACGCCGUUAUCGAUAGGUUGGAAUGUAUACAGGAUUUCGGGAAAUUGAUGAAAUGCGCCAGCGACGGAUCUGAUCACAGGAAUUGUUGUGCUCAACGUAACGUUUCGAGAAGGUGUUUGGAUUGGUGUAGAGGAGAAUCGGUAUUGAAUAACAAAGCUUGUAUUUUGACGCAUACCAAGCAGAUCAUCAGUUGUUUCCACGAAGGAAGGGAUAAACUACCCGGACCUCCACAGAACGUCCACGUCGAUUUUAUAGAUUCGCAUACGGUUAGUAUAAACUGGGAUCCACCGACGAAAAAUCCGAACACAGUCGAAUUAUACAGGGUGAUGGUGAAAGCGACUGAUUCGCAGAGUAAAGAAAAUUUUAAAGAAGACACUGCAUUAACAAAUAUCAAAUUUCAAGAUCUAAAAGCUGGUGCUACGUAUUCGGUGGUGGUAAAAGCCGGAAACAGUAGAGGUACUUCGGUUUUAACGGAACCAUUGAGAUUUACCAUGAGCGAUAAAUAUAUAACUUCUGCCGCUAGUCAAGAAGGUCACGACGGUCACGUGGGUGUUAUAAUAGCCGUAGUUUUAGCUCUAAUAGUGGUUGCUGCGAUUUUUGCCGGCGCCGUUUGGUUCAUGAGAACGAGAAAAAUGUUGGGGAUCAAAAAUUCUAACGGCAUCGCUUUCGAAAAUCCUAGUUAUUUGAGAGAGGUCAAUAUGGAUCAUAUACAGGUUCCUCAAAGGGAAACGGAAACCACGCACCUGUCUAACGGUAACGCUAACGGUAUAUCUGUAUCGUCGUCAUCGGGUGAUGUAGGUUGGAAAAACGAAGUUUUACAAGUACCGGCUCAACAAGAAGUGAAUCCUACUCUAUACGAAGAGCUGAAAUUAGGACAAGACGGAGCGGGUUUCAAGAGAUUGAAACCCUAGUAUGAGGAUUCCGAAGAGCAAGGCGUAGAGUCUAGGUUCUAAAAGUGUUUCACAUAUUGUGAUAGUAAAUAGAUAAUUUGAAGGGAAAUUUCGAGGCAGUUAAUUGAUUGAUCGGGUGAAAGGGCGGUAAAUUUUCCGGGUAAUAACAACUGCCUUUGGAAAUUUAUUAUAUUUUAGGUAUUGUACAAGUUUCAUUUUUAACAUUUUCACAAUACCUCAGUAGCGUAGUAUAACUGUUAGUUUGUUUUUCAUUAUAAAAAAAAAUGUGAUUUUUUAAUACCAAUAAGUUGUGGGACAACAAGAAAAAUUAGAUUAGGGAAAAGAAUAAGUUGUAGGUAUCUAGGUAUUGAAUAUUCGCACACAAGUUCGAGAUGUGGAUAACUAGAUUGCAAUAUUUUAUUACAAAAACCGCGAAAUUGGGGUUUUCAUAUACAGAACAAAAAAAAUUAGGAAAAAAAUAAGAUAGCACCUUUUAAGAUAUUUUUGAUCCGAUUUAUUUCACUUUGAGAUCAUUUAAAUGUGAAAUAUUAGAAUACAAUUAUUUUUAUAUCACCAGCAAUGCAACAAAGUUUCUUCUGAUAUAUACAGGACGUCCCUCAAUCAAUUCUGUUAAUUUCAAAAGGUACGAACCUUUAGAAAUUAGAAAUAACUCGUUUUAUUCUUCUAUAUUAAUCGUUUUUCUUCCAUUGUCAUAACAUAACCAAAUAAUUUUAAUUGUCCUUCGCCGAUUUUGUUUCAAAUUCAAAUUUCCUUUUAUAGCGCUAUUCCUUAUCUCGUCGUAUCUUGAUUUAUCAACUAUUUUUCUUAUAAAUCUCAAUUAUUUACUUUGUAUUUCGAUUUUUUCUUUGUCCAUGUCUCUUCCUUUUUGGGACAGAAACUGUGUUUUAAUUGCAUUGAAUAAUCUUCCAGCUGCUCCCGUUCGCUUAUUUAUCUCUUGCUGCAAUAUUUCAAGGUAUUUCAAGCUAUUGAUCUGCCCUAUAUUUGAUUCUUCUAAUUUUAUCAUAUGCUUCGUAUUCGUUCACGAAACUUAUCAAGUAAAAAAUAAGUUAUUUGGAGUUAAUAUGACCAAAUCACUGAUAAGAAUGGUUCCAAGUACCGAAUAAAUUGAUCAAGUCUUAUAUUUACACCAUCUUGUUAUAAUAAACGAUGAAAAAAUUGUUAAAGUAGAGAGAGAUAUUCCACCGUUGUAAACAACCCGGAAAAGAAAGCAGGAAACAAAGUCUUCCCCAAGAAUUUCAUCUGAUGAGAACCUAUGGUACAAGAAUCGGUCAAGCAUGGAAAUGAUUUGGAAUUUACUCAGUUUUUAUGAUAAACUUUUGUUGAGUAACAACGAGUUUAUCUUACAAAUCUACGGGUCAUUAGUCUUUUUAUUUUAGUUCCAUCUUCAACAAAGUGUUGAUUAUUUGCUUGAACAUCGGCAGCCAAGACAAACGAUAAACUAUAAAGAAAACAAAAAUAGAAAACGAGGAAUAAUCCAUGUCAAAAAAGAAUUUUGAAGCGCUAAAAGCGAUGGCCAUAACCAUAAUCCAAAGGAUUGAAAGGCUUGAUGAUGAUGACGAUGAUGAUGAUGAUGACAUUAGUUUGCGUUAGUUCUAAUAACAGAGAGUUUUGGAUUGAAAUACUUGAAUUGCUUGUUUGAAGACUCUUUCAAUCUCUUUUCCAUCUGUCCAUAGAAAACUUAAAGACAAUCGCUAUUAUUUGUGGUACACGUAAUCUGGUUUGAUUUAUCUGUUUUCAUUUUUUUGAGCCAGGAUUCCAUAAGUAUUAGAUGGUUUUGAAGAUAAUCUGAUGCUCAAAUUGGAUUUUUAUUUAAUGAAAUAACUGUUGUAUCGUCUGCAAACGGAGGAGGAGGAGUUGAGCAAGUCAUAUUGUUCUGUUAACUUUUAUUUGUAAGCCCCCAAUAACUUUUUUGUAAAAAACAUAAAAUAUACAAUAAGGAACUAGAUUAGAUCGUAAAUUUUUCGGUUCUACUGUCACAUUUAUAUGAUCUUUUUCUUUAAAUAUUACGUGAAAAAUGCCAAAAAAAAAUGGAAUGUAAUAAUAGUCGACUAAUCGUGAGGAAUUAUUUGUGUACUGAUAUUAAUAUAUUAAGUACAUUUAAAUGUGCCUUGAAAAAUUAUUGUUAAUGAAACUAUCGAUUCCAUGUGUAGAAAUUUAUAUCAUUUUCGUUUGUACAUAAUUUCUAACAAUUUGUAAAAUAUAUUUAGUGUCAUAGUAAUAAAAUUUAUCACAACCAAAUA